CUGACCUCCCGUCCACAAUCUCCUAGCGAAGAUGCUACUACGGCUGCGACUGGCCCUACGCCGCCCUGCCUUCGCCUUCUGGGGAGCCCGUAGCUGCUCCUCCUGCUCUGCCCCACGACCCUUUCCCACAACCCUCGACUCGACUGCCGCUGCCGCCGCCCCGCCCAAACCCCCCGCCGACCACCGCGAGCUCGCGCAGCAACAGAACCUCUUCACCACCUCGCUCUACAGCCCCGGCUCGCCCCUACUGCUGCCCAAUGGCUCUGCCAUCUUCAACAAGCUGGCCAACUUCCUGCGCGCGCAGUACCCGCUCUUCGGCUUCCGCGAGGUCAUCACCCCCACCAUCUACAAAAAGUCGCUGUGGGAGAAGUCGGGCCAUUGGGAAAACUAUGCCAGCGACAUGUUCUCGGUGCAGGGGCGCGACAAGUCCAAGGCCGAAGUCGAGUCCAUGACGCCCGAAGAGUUCGGCCUCAAGCCCAUGAACUGCCCGGGCCACUGCCUGCUGUUCGCGAGCGAGAAGCGCAGCUACCGCGACCUGCCCGUCCGGUACGCCGACUUCAGCGCGCUGCACCGCAACGAGGGCUCUGGCGCGCUGUCGGGGCUGACGCGCGUGCGCCGCUUCCACCAGGACGACGGGCACAUAUUCUGCCGGCCGUCGCAGAUCCAGGCCGAGAUUCGCCGCACGCUCGACUUCGUGGCCAUGGUGUACGGGACGUUUGGGCUGGGGCCGUACAAGCUGAUGCUGUCGACGCGGCCGGAGGAGCACUACAUCGGGACGGCCGAGGAGUGGGCGCGGGCCGAAGGGCAGCUGAAGGCGGCGCUGGACCAGAGCGGGCGCGAGUGGGCCAUCAACGAGGGCGAUGGCGCCUUCUACGGGCCCAAGAUCGACAUCAUCCUCAAGGACAGCGACGGCAAGGAGCACCAGACGGCGACGAUCCAGCUGGACUUCCAGCUGCCGCAGCGCUUCGAGCUGGGCUACACGGCGCCGGCGCCGGAGCUGGAGCAACGUGGUGAAGAGACGACGGACCCGGCGCUGCUGGCUCACUCCGGGCUCGUCACGCCCGUCAUCAUCCACCGCGCCAUCCUCGGCUCACUAGAGCGCUUCCUCGCCCUCCUCAUCGAGCACUACGACGGGCACUACCCCUUCUGGCUCGCGCCGCGGCAAGCCAUCAUCCUCUCCCUCUCCGACAACCCCACCCUAACGCAGCACUGCCACCGCCUGGCCGCGUAUCUGAGCGGCGCGCAACCGACGCGCGACCCGGAGACGGGUACGCUGCGGCCGGCCCCGAUGGGCCGCCCCGCCGUCCAGGUCGACCUGGACCUCUCGCCGCGCCACCUCAACAAGAAGAUCCGCGAGGCGAAGCAGAAGGGCUACAACCACAUUCUGGUCGUCGGCGACAAGGAGAUGAACGCCGCUGCGGCGGACGGUGGCGCCGACGCGUGGGGCACGGCCAAUCUGACGUUUUGGAGCCAGCCGAACAUGGAUGCUUCGAGGCGCGUGUUGGAGGUGGCGCGGGGCACGCUUGCGCAGAGCACUGAGGCGGCGGGCGAUAAGACCGCGUCGUCAUCGUCGUCAGUCAAGGCGAAUGUGCGCGAUCUCAAGCGCUAUUUUGAGGGCUUGUUGGAUGCGUAUUUGUAGGCACGAGCGGGUUUGGGGGGUUUUUGCUUGCUUUGUGCUGCACUGCGACGCGUUGCGUUGCAUUACAUUGCUUUGUACUAUAGUGAUGGGGAAGGGGGGAAGAAGUAGAAUAAGAGGGCCAUCAAAAGGGAAAGGUAUCGAGGGCAAUGGGUGUGUAAAAAGGGCUAAGAGAGGAAAAAGGGAAACAUCUACUGCGCGC